GUCUUCUGGCUCCAAGUCCCUGCUUCUGCGCUUGCGCGUUGAGCCGGCUCAGAUGCCGGCGGUCUCCGCUGAAGAGAGAAGAUGGCGCUUGACGGACCAGAGCAGAUGGAGCUGGAAGAGGGGAAGGUAGGCAGUGGACUCCGCCAGUAUUACCUGUCCAAGAUUGAAGAACUUCAGCUGAUCGUGAACGAUAAGAGCCAAAACCUCCGGCGGUUGCAGGCACAGCGGAAUGAGUUAAAUGCAAAAGUUCGCCUGUUGCGAGAGGAGCUACAGCUGCUGCAGGAACAGGGCUCCUAUGUGGGGGAAGUAGUCCGAGCUAUGGAUAAGAAGAAGGUGUUAGUUAAGGUACAUCCCGAGGGCAAGUUUGUCGUAGAUGUGGACAAGAACAUUGACAUCAAUGAUGUGACACCCAAUUGUCGGGUGGCUCUAAGAAAUGACAGCUACACCCUGCACAAGAUCCUGCCCAACAAGGUGGACCCAUUGGUGUCCCUUAUGAUGGUGGAGAAGGUACCAGAUUCAACCUAUGAGAUGAUUGGUGGACUGGACAAGCAGAUCAAGGAAAUCAAAGAAGUGAUCGAGCUGCCUGUUAAACAUCCUGAGCUCUUCGAAGCAUUGGGUAUUGCACAACCCAAGGGGGUGCUGCUGUAUGGACCCCCAGGUACUGGGAAGACACUGUUGGCUCGGGCUGUGGCUCAUCAUACGGAUUGCACCUUUAUUCGUGUUUCUGGCUCUGAAUUGGUACAGAAAUUCAUUGGGGAAGGGGCAAGAAUGGUGAGGGAACUGUUUGUAAUGGCACGGGAGCAUGCUCCAUCCAUCAUCUUCAUGGACGAAAUUGACUCCAUUGGCUCCUCACGGCUGGAGGGGGGCUCCGGAGGAGACAGUGAAGUACAGCGCACCAUGCUGGAGCUGCUUAACCAGCUGGAUGGCUUUGAGGCCACCAAGAAUAUCAAGGUCAUCAUGGCUACCAACAGGAUCGAUAUUCUGGACUCGGCACUGCUUCGCCCAGGACGCAUUGACAGGAAAAUUGAAUUCCCACCCCCCAACGAGGAGGCCCGGCUAGACAUUUUGAAGAUCCAUUCUCGGAAAAUGAACUUGACCCGGGGGAUCAACCUGAGAAAAAUUGCUGAGCUCAUGCCAGGAGCAUCAGGGGCUGAAGUGAAGGGCGUGUGCACAGAAGCUGGCAUGUAUGCUCUGCGGGAACGGCGAGUUCACGUCACCCAGGAGGACUUUGAGAUGGCAGUAGCCAAGGUGAUGCAGAAGGAUAGUGAGAAAAACAUGUCCAUCAAGAAGCUCUGGAAGUGAGGUGGAUGUUCUGUGUGUGGAUUCCCCAAAUAAAGCUCUGUGGGACAAGCUCUAGG